UUGGUUAAAAGUGAAGCAAAGUUGAGUGUAAAUUGCAUAACAAUCGCGCGGCAGGGCUCGGCCGAAGUGUUCCGCAGUGCAAGUUUCUCGAAACUUCGCGAAUCGCUGAGGCGCUCCUCCGCGAGACUGUUGCAACGGCUCGCGGGCCGCCAUUCCAUGCACCUGCCGCCCGAUGUAGACUUCGCCGACCACGAGAGCAUGAAGCGCGCAAGGUCCCUCUCCGAGCUCAGUAAGGAGUCAGCCGGGCACAACAACCAGGAAACUUCAAAGCGGUAG